AUGAUUAUAAUACUCGUAUUCCUUUAUCUUGCUCAUUCAUUAUAUUUAUUAGAAUAUAAGUCAAAUAAUCUAAUGAUAAAUUUAGACACAUCAUCAACAGCAAUUAUCAGUUUAUAAGGUUUAAUUUCACAAAUUUAUGAUGAAGAUAAUGAUCAAUAUUGCCCUUAUGGGUAUAAUUAAUGUUGGAUGGCAUUAUAAAAUAAUAAUACUGAUACAUAAGAAAGAGUCUAAUUAAAAAUUAAGAAUUUUUCGAUUUAUGAUGAAGAAAUGAAUACAUAUAAUACCGAAUUUAUAACUUUUUACAAUCCACCCAUAGAUUUUGAAAUUAAUCACUUAAACAUAAACUUCUUAACAUUAAGUCCUUUAACACAAUUUUUUAAUUCUUUCGUGUAUUUUGGAUAUUCAUUGUGCCGAUCAGGAUAAGACGCAUAUUUAAAAACUAGAUAGAAUGAAAACCUACAAAAAAAUAGAUUAAAUAUAAAUGGAAUCAAGAGUUAAAUUUACCACUAAGAGGAUUCAGUAACAUAUUCAAUUCGAAUUUCAUAUUUAGAAUGUUUUGAUUAAGUAUUUGAUAUUUCAAAUUAUUAAAUCACUAUCCUUGAUGGAAUAGAAAUUAUAAUUUUACCAAUUGAGUUGUUUUAGAGAAUCAAAAUUUUCUCAAAAUAAAAUGAAUUUUAUGAAUAUUAAUCUGAUGAUGAAAAUAAUUUUUUUUAUAGAGAUACAAAUUCGUUAAGAGUUGAAUUUAUAAAUCCAAUAAAAUUUUACAAUGUAAAAGAAUAGCCUUUGCUUAUUAUGCCUGAAGAUUACAUAUUUUAUAAUUAUGAAAAUUUAGAGGUAGAUUUUCUAAAAUUAAUUGGAAAUUCCCUUAAAUCUGAAAUUAUUUUAGGAAGUAGUUUUCUCAAAAACAAAAUUAUUCAUUUUACUUCCUUUACACAAGAAAUAUUUAUUGAAUAAUUAUUAGAAGACAAAUGCAAUUUAUAAUUAAAUCAAAAGGAUGUGUCUAUUUAUUAAGAUUUAGUUAAGUUAAUAAUCAUAUUAAUAUUUUCUAUUUUUAUAUAUGCAAUAUUUCGAAGGAUUAGAGUAAAAUAUUUACUUAAGGUCUAAAAUAAAAGAGUUGACUAAUAGCUCAUUUUGAAUGAAACCUAGAUUCUUAAAUGA